GAGGAGUGAUUCUGUGACGUCAUCCAGCCAGCGCCCCUGCGCACCACACAAGUAGGAACACGCGCUCGCGAGGAGCAGCAGAAGAAGAAGCAGCUCGCGGACAGUCAGUUCUGAAACAUGGCAACGCUGCCAGACCAUAAUAACCAAUAACAACGCGUGUGUGUGUGUGUGUGCGGCGACAUGUCAGACAACCAGAGCUGGAACUCUUCCGGGUCCGAGGAGGACGCGGAGCCCAGAGAUGAGUCCGGUCACCUGAUCGGGGUCGUGGACCUGAGCGGGGUGCUCAGCAAGUGGACAAAUUACAUCCAUGGAUGGCAGGACCGUUGGGUUGUCCUGAAAAACAACACACUGAGCUACUACAAGUCUCAGGAUGAGACAGAGUAUGGCUGCCGGGGUUCCCUCUGCCUCAGCAAAGCUGUUAUUACUCCUCAUGAGUUUGACGAGUGCCGGCUGGACAUCAGUGUGAACGACAGUGUGUGGUACCUCAGAGCACAAGACCCAGAGCACAGACACCAGUGGAUUGACUCCAUUGAGCUGCACAGAACUAUCAGAGAGGGGAGGAGAGAGAAGGGAGGAAUCCAGGGGACAAUAUUCAUCCCUCCACCACUGGCUGAUUCUGGAUACGGCUCAGAGUCCAGUCUGCGGAGACAUGGCUCCAUGAUGUCUCUCACAUCAGCCACCAGCGGCUUCUCUGCCACCUCCACGUCCUCCUUCAAGAAGGGUCACAGCCUGAGGGAGAAGCUGGCAGAGAUGGAGACCUUCAGAGAUAUUCUGUGCAGACAGGUGGACACGCUGCAGAAAUACUUUGACGGCUGUUCAGACGCCGUGUCCAAGGACGAGCUGCAGAGAGAUAAAAUCGUGGAGGACGAUGAAGAUGACUUCCCCAACACCCGGACCGAUGGAGAGUUUCUGCACAACAACCAUGGCAGCAAAGAAAAACUGUUCCAGACCGUGAGUCCCAAGGGAAUCAAUGGCAUAGACUUUAAGGGUGAGGCCAUCACGUUCAAGGCUACCACAGCUGGGAUCUUGGCCACUCUGUCCCACUGUAUCGACCUCAUGGUAAAGAGAGAAGACAGCUGGCAAAAAAGAGUGGAUAAGGAGAUGGAGAAGAGACGUAGAAUAGAGGAGGGCUAUAAAUCAGCGCUCAAUGAGCUGAAGAAGAAGUCUCACUUCGGAGGUCCAGAUUAUGAGGAGGGUCCAAACAGCCUCAUUAACGAGGACGAGUUCUUCGAUGCGGUUGAAGCUGCUCUGGACCGACAGGACAAAAUAGAAGAGCAGUGUCACACGGAGAAGAUAAGGAUACAGAGGUCCAGCCCCGUCCCACCGGGAGACGUCUAUUCCAGCAUCGGCACUCACAGAUUCUCUGACAAGUCUCAUAGUCAGCCCUCCCCUGCCCUGAUAAUCAGCGCCCCUCACGAUGUCCACAGAUUCAGCGCAGAGGUGGAGGAGAUGGUGCAGAAUCACAUGACCUACUCCCUGCAGGAUGUUGGUGGAGAUGCCAACUGGCAGCUUGUUGUAGAAGAGGGAGAGAUGAAGGUGUACAGGAGAGAGGUGGAAGAAAACGGGAUUGUUCUGGACCCUCUGAAGGCGACCCAUUCAGUAAAGGGGGUGACCGGUCACGAGGUCUGCCACUUCUUUUGGGACACGGCGUACCGCAACGACUGGGAGACCACGAUUGAAAACUUCAAUGUUGUGGAGACGUUGUCGGACAACGCAACAAUUGUUUAUCAAACGCACAAGCGGGUGUGGCCUGCUUCUCAGAGGGACGUGUUGUAUCUGUCGGCCAUGAGAAAGAUCUUGGCUAACAAUGAGAAUGACCCGGACACCUGGCUGGUCUGCAACUUCUCUGUGGAUCACGACGACGCUCAGCCGUCCGGCCGGUGUGUUCGUGCCAAAAUCAACAUCGGCAUGAUCUGUCAGACCCUGGUCAGCCCACCAGAGGGAGACAAGGAGAUCAGCAGAGACAACAUCCUGUGUAAAAUCACCUACGUCGCCAAUGUGAAUCCCGGCGGCUGGGCUCCGGCCUCCGUGCUCAGGGCCGUGGCCAAGAGGGAGUACCCCAAGUUCCUCAAGCGCUUCACCUCCUACGUCCAGGAGAAAACUGCUGGCAAACCCAUCUUAUUCUGAUUCUCACAGUGUGGAGACAUGAGGACAGAACUACACAUGAGGUCUUCAGACUGACUGCUGCUGGGACCAGUAAAGCUCCUCACAGUGGUUUUCUCCCUCCCAGUUUUUAGCUCCAACUUCCAGUACAAGAAGAGGCUCACAAUGGUGUCCUCUGGUGGCCGCAUUCAAACAUCAGACAUUCAUGUGAAAGAAUAUUCUUGAGUCAAUUGAAUCCUGGCAGUGAUAUCACAACUUAUCAUAAUCAUUUCAAGAGAAAUUGCUGCUUGUUUUUCACCCUUCAUUUUGAUAAAACAAUAAUAAGCUUUUAUUCAGAAGGAGAUUAUAUUUGAGUGUCAUUAGAAAAAUCUCUGUAAGAGUCUCCUGUGAUGAAUGCAUCCAGCAGCGAGCCCGUCUGUCUCCUCCUCAUGCAUCAGCUCCCAACGGCACUGCUGAGGCCGUCUUCACUGCUCAUGUAGAAGACUCUCUUUUCUUACAGAUAUAUUAAUAUAUAAAUGUAUGUAUGUUCUAUAAGAAGUUUGUAAAAAACAAAAAAGAAACAACCUUUGCUAAUAGACUGAAAUAUUUUAUUCUUGCCAUUUAUAGCUCCUAUUUUGUGCUGAUUUUUUUUUUCAUAGUCAUUUCCCAGCUUUAUUUUUAAGCUGCCAACUUUUGCUAGUUAAAUAUCACUGAUCGAUUAAGUCCAGAGGGCUGUCAUCAACCGAUGACCCCUAUGAUAUAAGACUUGACCUCUCUGACUCCGCCCCUCUCAUGAAAACGCCUCUCGUCGGCGCCGAUGGAGGAACGAGCCGAGAGGAGUUCGUCAUAUAUUUAAUGUACAAAAACAAGAGCUCGUGUACAUUGUUUGCUUGGCUUUAUGUUUGUGUCAUUGUCAAAUGUUGUAGUGUCACAGCACAUAUUUUGAAUGUUUAAUGGGUUGUAAAUAGUGUCACUAACAUUUCUCUGGAGGUCAGAUCGUUCUUUGUGACUUGAGUCGAGCCCAAAUGCCUUAGUGUUAGAGGAGAGUCUAGUUUGGGAUGGGAUAAAGGGUGGUGUUAGUGCACCUUUGAAAUCACUAGUAAGUGCCUCAUGGCUGAGUUCCCCUUUCCAUUGUCUCCUCUAGGAGUCAAAUUAAAACUUUGGAAAUCUAAUUUACUGAAUGAACAAACAGGGUGACACUUAAUUUGGGUUUUUCCACUAAAAGCUAGAAGGAUGUUUUUACAAGUUCUAGUAUUAUUUCAAUUUAAGUUUCACCACCUCAACAUUUCUGUCUGCGUUCCUGACGUGUGUACCAUGUGCUUUGUUCUGGCAGUUAAAGUACUGAAACCAUUCUGUUCAAACAGUCACGUUGGUUCUUUGUAUCAUGUUGUUUCAGUCAAAACAUGUUAAUGCAGAGUUCUGCAGAGUCCAGAGUUUAGUAAGGAUCCGCUCUGUUGAUACUGGAGUUGGUUUCAGCAUCCUGUUUAACAGUUGAAUGAACAGUAAACCUGUUACUCUGGACUUUGCAGUUCUACAGUUGACGCAGGCUGAGAUGGAACGAUCCCAAAACCUUUUUAAGAGGAAGUUACACAAUUUGGUUUUCAUUACUUCUGUUUUCCAGACAAUACUUUUCAAAGUAAAGCAUCAGUUCUUAUAUUUGAAUACAUUUCCCACCUGUGGACAACAUAAAAUGUUGUUUUUUUCUUUGGUUAAAUCUAUGAUGAUACACUUGUAGCAGAAUGAUGUCGGCGAGAGUGAAUCCAGAUGAUGCUCAGCCUCUCGGCUGAGUGGAAAAGAAGCCAGGUUGAAGCUCUUUCACCUAAAGCAGACAUUUCUGAAUCUAGUUCAAGUGACUGUAUAUAAUUAGAAACACUUGUGUAAAUAAUGCUGUGGGAUCAACUUACAAAUGUACUGUGACAGCGUCUUACUUCAUCGGCCCUGUUUUAACAGUGAAAUAAAUAAGUUUAUCCUCCAA